ACGAGUUGGCCCAUCUCUACUUGCUCAUGGCGUCUGUUUUUCGCCACUUUUUUGUUUUUCGUUUAUUUAUGUAUAUUUGCCACCUUUCCGCCUAAUUUCUUAACAAUUCGGAGCCAAAGAUGGGCUCCUCCAAGAAGCACAAGAAGAACAAGUCGGAGCGUCGCGAGAAAUAUGAGGAAUACAGCCAGCACCAGGAUCCUGCUCAGCUGCAGCGUGGCCUGAAGCUGAUCCUCAAGGUCGGUUCUAAUAAUACUCCGGAGUACAGUGCCAAUUCUCCGAUGGUGGACGGCGGACCGCCCACAGCUGCCGAGGCCAUGAUGUCUCCUGUGCCCGAAGAUGAGCUGCAGGAUCAGCAGCAGCAGCUAGGCCAUCGCGAGCGUCACAAAAAGUCCAAGAAAAAGAAGAAGAAGAAGGAUCGCGAUCGAGAGAAGAAGCACAAACAUCAUAAGGAGAAGCGCCACAGAAGCCGGGAUCGUCAUAGGUCAGCGGAUGACGACGAUAUGGUCCUGCCAGGUGCCGAUGAUGCUGCCUGCAGUGGCUUUGCUCCGCCUUCGGUGGCACCACCUCCGGCCUCCGCAUUGGAUGCCGAUUCUAGUCAGGAUGGUUUCAGCUUCAUGGACGAUGACGACCAGUCGCAGCCGCUGCCAGAGAAUAUUCUGUUCUAUGCUGGAAUUACCACGGAUAACUCGCCUUCCAAUUGUCCGGUGACAAAGCCCAUAGCACCGCGCAAGCUGGACGACAUACUGAUGGGUGGUGACUCUUCGUCGCUGCAAUCCUCAUCGCAGCUGGGUUUGGGGGGCAGCAGUCCCACCAAGCCGCUGCCAGACCUACUUAUACCAUCACCAUCGACGCCUGGCGGUACCAACUCCCUCAAUGCCUUGACACCCAAGGGAAUUCUGGAUGCGCCCAAGACCCCCAGCAGUUGCAGCGAGUCGGGCCGGGAGCCCCGUAGCUGUGUCCUCAAGCUAAAGCAACAGAAAUCCCCAUUGAACAAGCUGUUGGAGCAUCUGUUGCGUUUCCUGGAAAAGCGAGAUCCGCAUCAGUUCUUUGCCUGGCCCGUCACCGAUGACAUGGCGCCUGGCUACUCCUCCAUUAUCCACAAGCCCAUGGAUUUCUCCACGAUGCGUCAGAAGAUCGAUGAUCAUGAGUAUGGUGCAUUGACGGAAUUCAGCGAUGACUUCAAGCUGAUGUGCGAGAAUGCCAUCAAGUAUAACCAUGUGGAUACGGUAUAUAACAAGGCAGCCAAGCGUUUGCUCCAAGUGGGCAUGAAGCAUCUGCAGCCGGAGAACCUUAUGCGGAGCCUCAAGCCCAUGUCCGGUUAUAUGCGAGAGCUAACGGCCAAAGAACUUGGCUUCGAGUUGAACACCAAUGAUAUGUCACGGGAAACUCACGAUUCGGCAGAUGAGGGAGCUUCAACGGGGGCCGAGGAGCUACCCACUGCCGCCCAGUUGGAGGAAGAGGAACGCAAGCGGACGCUACGCCUGGCGAAUACACCGAAAACUCAUUUUGAGCCCUAUGUCGAUGACUUGACGGGCGAGGAGAUCCUGGCCCAAGUGCAAAAUGCCGCCCAACAGGCCAAGCAGCGAGUGAAUGCCAAGAGAAACGCCCACAAGAUGGGCUUCCUGCGACAGGGAAAGGAUGGCAGUACCACGCUGAAUCUCCUGACCAAAGAGGAGAACGAGGGACCCGAGAGGGUGGUGACCAUUGGUGAUCUGGUUGGCAAACUGCAAACGGGCAGCACUCAGCUGCAGGUGCGACAGGUGGACAAGCGGAAUGCCAUGAAGACAGUGAAGCCUCUCAGCUACGGAGCCUUUGCCAGCUUUGCACCCACUUUCGAUUCGCGCUUCUCCACCCUGAGCGCCGAGGAGACCCAAUUGGUGCUGCGUACGUAUGGCGAUGCCUCCAGUGCGGAGUACGCGGAGAGCAUCUUACAGUUUACCAAGGACUCGAGCUUUGGCACGACCAUUGCAAAUGGUUUGCUUGACAUUCUCACCAACGGGGAGCACAGCAAAUCCCUGGAGGAGCUGUACAACAUGCAGCUGCACUCGUACGAGCAACGUGAAAUCGACAAGUGCUUUGAGCCCGAAACGGAGGCCCCAGAAACCGCCGAGCAAAUCGAACAGGAGUACGAGAAAUACAAAAAUACCCAGGUGGACUUUAAGGGUCUGCACUCACUCAAGGAUCUGGGCAUCGAUGUAAGCUUCUUGGAUGGCAUGGAGACGGAAAUGAAGAACUUCGAGCUGAAUCGCCGCAUGCACGAGCAUCUCAGUCAGAAUCUGACGUUGAUUGAGAAGCUACGGGUGACGCAACACGAUCGUCUGUCGCAGCCCCUGCCGAAUCACCUCGGACUAGUGCCGGCGGCUGGCCAGGAGGAGGCGCAAACAGCCCAGCAGCUGACCCAGCAAAUCAGUGAGCUGGCCAAGAAGCUGCCACCAUCUGCCAUAGCCGAUCCCUAUGCGCUGCGCAAGGCUAUGGGCAUGUCUUAUGCUGGCUUGCCACCACCUCGUCCAGCCUCGCCACGUGUCCAGCUGCCGGAGCUGCUGCAACAGCCAGUGGCCUUGCCCCAGCUUCACCAGCCGGUGGUGACCAUGGAGAUUGAUGACGAUCAGCCGGAUCAGCAGCCAGGUGGCGGUGGCGAUCUAGAGAACGAGUUGCGCGAGUUCCUUGAGAGCGGCUCUGGCCUGCACGGAGCAGUAAAUCCGGCGGAUGACAACAGCAUUGUGGCCCAGCUGCUGCUCAACUAAGUGGAGGUCGAUAGUGACCAAGACGAGCGCUAUGUUUAUAAUGUAAGAUAAUGACAUUUUUGCUAAAUUAUUUUCAUACUUAUAACCCAAAACAUGGCAAUUGCACACUCUGAAUAAAAACUAAGGAAAGAAAA